AUAAAUUCCGUAUUAAAUUAAGUAAAACUGACUAAGUUUAUAUUAUCCUUAAUUAUUUUGAAGGAGAUUAAGACUCGAUUAAGUGUUCAAUUCACCGUAUCUUAUUGAUUAAUCCGACCUUUUCAAUAAUUCUUCUAUAGAAGGGAAGAAUAUCCAAAUAUCUUAAUAGGUGUCCCAAUUAUUUUAAUUUAAAAAAUCUCAAAUAUCAAACAUAAAAAAAGCCAAUAAUAAUAAAGUAAAAAAAAUAAAAGAAAGUGAAAAAGACCCCUCUUCUCCCCCACAAACCCAAAAUCUUGAAACUCAUGAUCCCAUCACAAUCACCCCCAAAUCUCUCCUUAAACCCACCACCACCACCAUGUCCGACGGCGGCGGCGAUUUUCUCCUCCGCCUCGUCCAAAACCGUCAACAACAACACCACCAACAACAGCAGCAACAACAACAACAACACCACCACCACCAACAACAACAACCAUCUUUUCUUCCUCACAAUCUCUUCUCUCCUUCACCUCCUUCUCACACUCUCUCUCUCGAUCCCGCCGUCGCCGCCGUCGGACCUUCCGUCGGACCACACCACAACCACAAUCAGCACGAUUACUCUCACUCUCGCUCUCCUUUCUCUCUCUCUCCUCAAACCCAAAACCCCAAUUUCUAUUAUCAAGGGUUUCCGCGACCUAAUUCUCAUAACCCCUCCAUUUUCGCUGCUCCUCAUCAGCAUUUUGAUCUUCUCCGUCGUCAACAACACCAGCAGCAGACUGGAUUGGAACAAUCUGAAACUGGGUACUUUGGGAAUUACCCUAAUUGUGGGAAUUCUGUUGAGAAUGAGAGUUUGAGAUUGAAGAAAUUGGAGUUGGAAUUGAAUUUGUUAAAGGAGCGUGAACUGGGUUCGGGUUUAGGGGUUAGGAGGGUUAAUGGGUUUGAUCUGAAUCGAAGGAUUGAUGGUAAUGUUAACUGGGGUUAUGGUUCGCCUGAGCAGAGACGGUCUGUGCCUCCGCCGGGGUUUUCGAGCACGCCCGCUAACCAAAGGCGGGAUUUUGAUGGUUUUAAGAGUAAUGCGAGUGGGGAGAUUAGUAGCUCUUCUGGUGAAUUGAAGAGGGGUAAUAAUCAUAGGGAUUUUGGUUCUAAUAGUAGGAGUUAUGAGAAUGAAAGGCGGUUUUCGAGUAGAGAUAGUGGAAGUGGGGUUAGUGGACAGCUUGAUCAUCCUGGUUUGCCUGAUGGGAGUAGUCUGAAGUCUGUAUUGGUUUCUGAUAUCGAACAGUCUUUGCUAAAUGAUCAUGGUGGUUUGGCUGAUAAUGGGGCUAGUCAUGACGAAAUUGAUGAUUUAAGUGAACAGCUAGUUGAUUCAGUUUUAGGAGAUGAUCAGUCUGCUGAGAAUAAUGAUACCAGUGCUAAGAAGAAACAACCCCGUGAUAAGGACUUCAGAUCCGAUGCUAGAGGGAAAUGGAUCCUUUCGCAAAGGAUAAGAAACUCCAGAAGGCUGACUGAAUGUCGGAGAGAUAUAGACCGGUUGGAUGCCCCUUUUCUUGCAAUUUACGAGUCUCUAAUACCAGUAGAGGAGGAGAAGGCCAAGCAAAAGCAGUUUUUGGCAUUAUUGGAGAAACUUGUGUGCAAGGAAUGGCCUAAUGCUAAGGUUUAUGUUUAUGGAUCUUGUGCCAACUCUUUUGGAGUCUCAAAAAGUGACAUUGAUGUCUGCCUUGCCAUUGAUGAUCUAUACAUCAAUAAGGUUGAUAUGUUGUUGAAAUUGGCUGAGAUUUUAAAGUCUGAUAAUCUCCAAGAUGUGCAGGCAUUGACUCGUGCACGGGUUCCCAUAGUAAAGCUUAUGGAUCCAGUGACAGGAAUUUCAUGUGACAUUUGCAUAAACAAUGUUUUAGCUGUUGUAAAUACAAAGCUGCUUCGAGAUUAUGGUGAAAUUGAUGCAAGACUAAGGCAGUUGGCAUUUCUUGUGAAACACUGGGCGAAGUCCAGAGGAGUCAAUGAAACUUAUCAGGGAACACUAUCUAGUUACGCGUAUGUGCUGAUGUGCAUCCAUUUUUUACAGCAGCGUAAUCCUCCCAUCCUUCCUUGUUUGCAGAGAAUGAAACCUACAUAUGCUGUGACUGUUGAUAAUGUCGAAUGCGCUUUCUUUGAUCAAGUUGAAAAACUUCGUGAUUUUGGAGCCCGAAAUAACGAAAAUAUUUCCAAGUUACUGUGGGGGUUCUUUAAUUAUUGGGCAUAUUGUCAUGAUUAUGCAAAUAAUGUCAUAUCAGUUCGUGCUGGUUGUAUCCUCAGGAAGCAAGAAAAAGAUUGGACAAGAAGGGUGGGUAAUGAUCGUCACCUUAUAUGCAUAGAAGAUCCGUUCGAGACAUCCCAUGAUCUAGGACGAGUGGUAGACAAACGCAGCAUUAGAGUCCUAAGGGAGGAAUUCGAACGAGCUGCUGAGAUUAUGCAGUAUGAUCCUAAUCCUUGUGUAGCGCUUUUUGAGCCUUACAUAUCUAGAUAAAUUCCAUCUCUGUUUAUUCUGCAAGUGUUGUUGCUUGAAGUACUAAGUAGGGUUGCUCUUCAGCUUGUAUAGCGGCGUUGCUUUUGGUUUUGGCUAAUGAUAUAUUAUAUUAAGUAAUUAAGGGCAAAUCAUAGGCCCUCCUAAAGGUGUAGUCAUGUGCUGUAAAGAAACCGUAGUUUCUUCACAAAUCACAAUCUAAUCUGAAGCUAGCUGUUCUGCUUCCUUUGAAUCGGUUUGCUGUUGCAGCUGCUGCCUGUCAUUUGUUCUUGUUUUGUUAUAUAAUAUGAAGUUGCAAGGUAUUUGUUUUUCAA